GGACCAAUACAAUCCCACUUACCCCGGAGUUGGAAGGUCAUAGGAUAGGAUCAUCACACCAAGAGAAAGAGAGAGAGAUUUGAAUUGUUUGGACUUUGGAUUGCACCCCAAGAAACAAACCCUGCCCAUAUUCCACUAUAUCUAUACAGCGUCCACAUUGAAACGGCCUUUCUCUCUAAAAAGUGUCAAAAACUAGCACUGAGUUCCCGAUCAACCAUGACUGACAUGGAUGGUGCUCCUCCGUCGCCUUCUCACGGUGACAAUGGUGGAUUCAAUUCUUCUGGUGUUCGUGCUCACUUACUCUGGGCCGUGUCAUAUGGUGUAGCCUCAGCCAUAGCACUCAGGACCAUCGAUGCCCUGACUUGUAAACGAACAACAAAUCAACCUGGAUCUGAGAAACCAAAAGAGAAAGAGAAAGAAAAAGUGGAAGAGAAAACUACUACUACCACCAAUCCCACUGUUUGCCAUGUUAAUGUUUUUCCAUCAGUCAACACUAUAACCAACUCCAAAGAUUCAUCUACUCUUAUCACUACUAAAAAGGAAGAUCAAACUGCAACAGCUUCUUCUACUCCUACAAAACUUAGUGAAAAAAAUGGUGGCGACAAUGCUGCUGUUGCUGGUUCUAAUGGAGGAGUCCUAGGCCCUUUCUCUCGCCGUCAAGCCCCUCAAGCCAAGGCCCUUCCUCCUCCUAUAUGCAAGCAUGUACUUGACUUCUACUACGAUUGUCUUCACGUUGCCACCGAGAAGAAAUGUGAAGGUUACAUUAAUCUUACGGAGAAAUGUCAUCAAAUAGGCCCAACAUCUGCUGAUAUUUCCAACGUCUCUGAUGAUCGUCAAAAUUCCACUCUACAUCCUCCAGCUGAACUUUUGCAUAUGUCCUACCAUGGGUGUAGGAAAAAGAAUCAAUAUGACAGCUGCAAGAAGUACCUGACAUACGUUUCGGAAACAUCCCAAAACAGUUAAGAAAUUCCUAAUUGUCAGCGUGCAAUAUCCAGCCUGCAAGAAGUGAGAACUCAAUAAUUUUCAACUUUUUUUUUUUAUGGUAACGCAGAGUGUUCCUAGGCCAAUUUGCGCGCACCAUAGGACAAAAUCUCUACAGCUCCACCAGCCUUUGCUAACCCUAAAGGGUUUUUAUGCAUGGGUGGCCCCAAGAUUUUUUCGCAAUAAUAGUAAUUUUCAACU